UGUUUUUUAAGAAAAAAAAAAACUCGCUCGCUGUGAAUGUUUGAGCUUGCGGGACUAUAACGCUUUCAGCUUUCAAAAUAACGCUUUAUAAAAAUUUUUCCGUAAGGCUUAUUCAGUUAUAUAACCCUGGUUUAAAAAAAACCCAACCCGAAGAUGAAUACUGAAAAUUAAAAAAAAUUAUACAAAGGGGCUUUAUUUGAGAUGGUUUGAUAUUAGUAACCUGUAUCAAUGUUAACAUGAACUUUUUCCGAAGCAUUAAAUAGUAGCUCACCCUUAUUAAAAUAGUAUAUUGAGAUCACAAAAACAAGAACUGAUUUAUUUGAAAGAAAAUCAAUCGAUGUAAUAUAGAACAAGCCGACUUGACCUGCAGAAACAGAUAAUGAUCGUGAAUAUUGAAAUAUGUGCUGUGUAGCAAGCAUCUUCAAAAUAAAUAUGCAUGAACAGUGCAUGCAUAAGCAAAAGAUCUCGCUAAUGGAAUCUAUGCCGACGUGAGCGGAGACACUUUUUACUUUUUUGCGUAAUUUCGAAACUGCCACAAACAUACAAACACUAAGAAAAAUAUUAAAUACCAUACACAAGCCCACAUUCUUUACACACAAAGAAACAAGCAAAUGAAAUGGAGAAAAUACAUUUUCAAAAUAUUUAAAUAACAAAAAUAACACAGUGGUAAGCAUAUAAUAAAUUGUUGCAAGCGAGUGCCGAUCUUGUACGCCUAGGGUCGAAAAGUGUAUGCGACAAUAACGACAACAAAGCGAAAAUGAACUGAGCUGCCGAAUCCAGCCAUAGCGGGCGCUAUUGACAAGCGCGAAGCGAAUUCGUGUAGGCCGAUACCGUCCGUCUAAUGACGUCUAUGCUUUCGCUACCACACCGACGCAACCCGCCGCCUGUACCAGCAACAAAAAAAAUAACAAAGUUUACCGCAUAUGUUGGCGCUGCAACCAACGCACGACCGCUAGCCGCUAUGCCCUGGCAGUUGGACGACGCGACUCAUAACGUGAUAAUCGGGCGGCCGGCCGAACCGCUAAAAACCGACACAUUCGGAAAUUACUUUGUAGAAAGUUAUUUUAUUCAAAACAUUUUUUAAGACUUUAUCGAGGUGAUAAUUAUUGCUGUUUUCGAAGUGAUACUUAUAUAAGCGUUUAACUGGCGGAAACAAGCAAAAUGCAAGUUUUCGAUAAUACUAUGCGCCGUGCAUCACGACGCGCUUCUCUGCGCCGCGGCUCCAUUUCAGUGCUGCCACAAAAGUCUGCCGAAAUUCCAUGGGACAUUCUGGAGCGUCUAUUGUUGCCAUUCCUGUUCUGCCAUGCUGCCGCAUUGAUUAUCUCAACAUUGUUGCACGCAUUGGAUAUUUCGCAUGUCUCCACGUUUGCGGUAUUCGUUUGGUUUGCACUCUCCACUGUCGGAGCGGUGCUCUUCUAUCAUUUCGUUAAGGUCUCCUCAUACGGCAAAGGUGUACUCAUUACUGGCUGCGAAACACCCAUCGCUUGGUAUUUGGCUAAGAAACUCGACGACUUAGGUUUCACUAUUUAUGCUGGCUUCAAUGUGCCCAUCGCUGAAUCAGAUGAGGCGAAAAUCCUGAAGGAAGAAACUUCCGGUCGUUUGAAAUUGUUGCAUGUGGAUGUGAGCUCGGAGAAAUCUCUACUUGAAGCCGCUGUCUAUAUUUCCGAACAUUUACCUGAUGGUGCUUACGGCUUGUGGGCUGUAGUGCAUUGUGCUCACUGGGUUGCACUUGGAGAAUUGGAGUGGAUUCCAUUUGGUGUAUUGCGCAAGUCAUUGGAUUUGAAUUUGUUGGGUGCCGCACGCUUGACUCAGAUUAUGUUGCCGUUAAUUCGCCGCUCAACUGGACGUGUUGUGUUCUUGACCUCAGGUCUUAGCAAAAUUCCGGCACCAGUACGUGGCAUUCAAAGCGCCACCCAAGCGGCUAUUGAAAGUUUUGCCGGUUGUUUGCGUCAGGAGAUGCGUCAACGUGGUGUCGAUGUGUCUGUAGUGGCAGCCGGUGAAUUUGCCCCCGGCAACGGUUGGCUCAGCGAGACGGAACUGCGUGAACAGGCUAAGGAAAUGUGGGCAAAAUUGACCUCCGAACAAAAGAAAGCCUAUGGUGAAGAUUACUAUGAAGCUGCCAUGACCUCAUUGGAGAAAUACUCAAGAGAGACCGCCGACAUACAACCCUCUCUGCGCGUGCUGAUCGAUGCCGUCUCGCGCACUUUCCCCAUGGCACGCUACACACCGGUGACUGCACGCGAAAAGAUCGAAAUUUUCAUGGCCGAACAUUUGCCUACCGCACUGUACGAAAUCCUUUUCGCUGAGCCCAAAAAGAAGGUGCGUCCACAAGGUGCUUUCUAAACGCCAACACUGGCUGUGCGAUCAAAAGAAACGGCAAAGGGACUAAAGGACACGGCUGCAACACUAAAGAGCGUUCACUGCACAAAUUUUGUAUUGUUGUGAUCAUUUGAAUAAUAACAUGAUUUGUUUUCCAUAACAAACAGAUUAUAUUGGCUAAAUUAAAUAAGUAGCAUAGUCACACAUACAUAUGCAAUAAUUAACCAUAGUCUAAAGGCGUAAUUUUUGUACUAAAAAAGCAUUUAUUUUUUCUGUCUUUUGUCGAAAAUUUUUCCAUAUAAAUAUAUAUCAAUUUGCAAUAGUUUGAAAGCGCCAAAAAGCAUUUAAGAAAUUGUUUAAAAUCUAUUUUUAAUUUCUGCGUUAUAAUUAGUUUGAACUUUCAUUAAACAAUUAUUUCACUUUAUUUGUGUAGUUCUUAAGCUCAUACUCAAUAAGCCAAAUUUUAAUAUAAAUAAAUAAUUGUAUUUCUUUUGAAUAAACUUGUGAGAUUUACAAUAAAGGUGAAUAGAAACCACGA